CGCACGGCGAGGCCACACCAAGCGAAGCGAGACGAGACGAGACGAGACGCCAGAAGACAAAGAGGCGAGAUGCCCUGAUUGAAGUGAGCAUUGACUCAUCUACAUCUGCAUCCAUAUGCAGCUUUGGUGCCGAGCUCCCAGCAGCUUCAUUUUGGCUUGUUUGCCUCGUUUCCUCUACGCGCCCGCGAGAAGCCACCACGACGAGGCCAUCGCCACGAGUCGCCGCCGGUGCUCCCACCCAGCUCAGCUCAAGCAAAAGCCCAAGGUCCCCGGCCCAAUCGUCCAAAAACACGUUAGUCCCAGACCUCUAGAGCAGCAGACACAAGGCUAAACCCGCUAGCUGCAAGGUACCAGGCACAAGCUCAUUUCCCAUCUCCACUUCUCGAUGGCGCCCCA